AUGAAUAACCUUAAUGAAUCAGCACCGUUCAUUCCAGUGUAUAAAACAUCCUGUAACAUACAUAAAAUAAUCCUAAAAAAUGACCUGGAAACUCUUAAAAACAUUUUGUCAGAUGGAAGCCGAGAUUGCCUUAAUGAUUUGGACCAUUUCGGAAGAACGCCAUUCCACGUGGCACUUCUCACAGCAAACCCAAAGGCUUUGUAUUUGCUCCUAUACUAUCCUCUGAUUCACAACUCUGAGCUCUUUGUAACAACUGACUGGAUUGAUUUGGAGGAAAAUUGUGAUAAAGAUGUGGAUUUUAGAGGUAAAAAGGAUUUUGACGAAAAUCAGUUUUUGGAACAUAAACUGAAGUCAGAACACCUUUUAAGUAGAAAAUCUUCAAUUUCCAGAGACUCUACACAGUUUUCGGCUGGUGAAAUGGAUCUAAAUGACGGAAUUGAGUACAUAUCCUCAAAGUAUAUCGAUUACACCAAGGCGAGACUUCGAAGUCGAUCACCUUCAUUCUGUAGCAAAACGCACUCAGAAUACUUAGAUUCAGGGUUUUCAAUAGAUGAAUGGAACUAUAUUUGUGAAAGCGGUCAUAAAGAGGUUGAAACCCUGUACGAGGAACACUAUAAACUCCUAGUGGGUGAAUCCCACGAGCUUGAAACAGCAGCCAAAAACUACUCAGUAAAGUAUCGCCAAAUUUACGCCUUGGAACAUUCCAGAAGAUCGUCAAAAGAAUUUAAAAUAACUACCAAAAUGGAUAAUGUUAAUAUGGAACUUCAUUUUGUCGGAGUUCAAGAAAACAAACUUAGUUCUGAAUGCAGUCCUGAAAAGGAAGAAAUGAUUCAUAGCACUUCACUAAACAGUACAAUUCAAGACACAACAAACCCUGAAUCAGAUUAUAUCUUUAGUCAAAUGAAUACUACCUUUUCCUUAACAGUUAAUGAUAAUGAAGUUACGACUGGAGAUAACGAAGGAACUUCUCCUGAUAAGCUGAACCAAAAACUAUCGUUCGAAACGUCAGAGAAGUUAUACAAGGGUCUAAUGCCUCUUGAAACUGUGGACUUGAUUUCAACUUUUGACAAAACUUCGCCGCUUCAUCUGCUUUUCUCAAACGUCUAUAUCUCAAGUUACCGAUCAAAUAUGCUAAAGUGUUUUAGGAUACUUUUGUGUUAUUUCAACAAGUUCAACGAGUUUCAGAAGUUGUACAAAUCACUGGAUUAUGCUCUUCAUGCAGUUAUGGAUGGCUUUCCAGAAACAAAACAGGGAUCUCCUAAAUCAGCUGAGAUGGGAAGAAAUAAAAAUAAUAGUAAAAGUUUAAACGCUAACAAUAAUGAAAGAACGGGUUUUGAUCAAAAGCUCACAAAUAGGGCAAAAAAUAUGAGCCCUUCAAGAUCAAAAAAUCCUCCCGAAAGUGCACGUACUGGAAUUAGGCAGAAGAUGAAUUGGUUGAAAAAAUCCUUUAAUGAUGGGAAAAGGAGCAUGAAAGAUGAUUUUAAUGACUUUGAAAAUGGUUUUAAAAGGCAGAAAAAAUAUGGUUCUCAAGGAUUAAAUUACCCUAAUAAUACAUUGUGUUCUGAUGUGUUGGGCAUGGAACAGAUACAUGAUGGUAGGAUGAAUGAGCUUUUAAACUGUAGUAAUACUCAGACUUCAAAUGAAAGUGAUUCAAUCGGACCUUAUGACGAGUGUGAUCUUAGGUCAAACGAUCUUCAUAAAAUGAUGACUUCGUUUAUCUGGCUUAAGCCUAAAGCUUCCUGGGAAACCUUUAUUAAGGACCGAGACUUUAGUAAAAGUACAAUUCUACACCGGGUGUGUAAUUUGAAGGAUAUAAACGUAGUUAAACUAAUUCUAGCCUCAGGAUUUUCGCCAAUUGUAGUUAACGAGACAGGUGAUAUGCCAGUUCAUCUCUCAGUUGAUGCUAAGGAUCCCUACACAUUCCUCACAAUACUACAUUCUACUCUUAAACACUUAUUCAUACACUCAUAUAAAAAUAAUACACUUAACACCAGAAAUAAGGAUAAUAGUCUUAAUUCUGCCAUAGAUGGUGAAGCAUUUGAAUUGUUUAUUAGUAGUUUGUGCAAGAGGUUAAAAGGAGGGAGUAAAAAAGGUUUUAAAUGGUAUCAAAGAAAAGACUCUGAUGAAUUUGAAUGGAAUUCUCCCGUGUCCAUUAAAACGUUGUUUGACGAGUUUUUGAUGUUGUUUGAGCAACUUGUUUGUAGAAGUAUAAAGGCAAGUUCAUGGGAAUGUUUACUCGCUCUUUUCUCAUACAAUUCAGCAAUCACAUAUCAUUUGAUUUCAAACCCACACUUCAUGCACAGAUUUAUCAACUUCGCAUCUAUGAUGAAUAACAGUGGUGAGUUUCUCAAUCUGGUCAACUUUGUACUCACACACCUUUUUGAUAAUCCCAACAUCACUGCAGAGAAACAUAAUUACAAAAAUCAAAAUAAACAAGAGGAAGAUUAUUUUAAGGGUUAUGGAAUACCUCAUUCUGGUUUAAGAUCAAGUGUUAUGAGGCCUGAAUUAGGACCUAAAAACUAUAAUUUAGAGACAAAUUCGGCCCUUUCUAGUCUAAUUACACACUACAAGCGAUCAGAGAGAUUACAGGAAAAUAACUUGAAAACCUGGGUAAUAACUCAUCCAACAUGUCUUCAUCAUUUGGCAACACCAGAACCAACUGACGCUCCAAAUAAAAGACAUAGGUUAAUAGUAACUUACCCUGAGAAUCCAACUAGACUUGAGGUGAUUAUCAGCAAUGACAACGGACUCUUGAGGAGUGAAACUCUUGAAAACGUUAAGCUUAUUCAUUCACCCCCUCCGGCCUCUAUGGCUGAUAUUUUAAGGGUCCAUGACUGGGCCUAUAUAGACAAGUUGUUGGAGCAAGUUCAGGUAGCCCAGAAACGCUGGAUCACUAAUCCUUAUUGGCCUGUUUUAGCUGAUGGAGAUACUCCAGUUACUCCACAUUCUUGGUCUGCAGCUCUUUAUGCAGCUGGUUCAGUAUUGACUGCUAUUGAUGCUGUGUGUACGAACCAAUGCAGGAAUGCAUUUUGUGCCGUGAGGCCACCAGGUCAUCAUCUCGGAACUUGGGGAGCCGCACAAACAAAUAACUUUGAAGAUGAAGAUUUCGCGUAUUCUUUUUACACAUAUAAUUCAUCAAUUAGUUAUAUAGUUAAAUUAGUUUGGGUUGGGUUUUGUUUGAUAAAUAAUGUUGCGAUUGGAGCUGCUUAUGCGAAGUAUAUGUACGCAUCAAAGGGUAUCCGGAGGAUCGCAAUUGUGGAUUUUGAUGUUCAUCACGGCAAUGGAACUGAACAAGUUGUGAGAAAUAUCGGACCAAAAAAUGUCAAAAUCAACAAUACCAGCUAUAAAGUCGAUAACGAAGGAAAUAUUAACAUUCAAGAACCAAUUACCCAGCAAAUUAUACAUAAGAAAUGGUUUGGAUGGCGUGAUGAAAAUGAUAGGGAUGAGGUUUUAUUCGCAUCGAUUCAUGCUUAUGAUGGCACUUUUUACCCUGGUACUGGAAGGCAGAGCACUAUUUACAUGGAGGAGAACCGUCCUAACAUAAUAAACGUGGCAGUACCGCAGGGUACUACCUCGACAGAAUUCAGGUCACUUUUCGAGACCAAAAUUUGCCCCUACGUAUACCACUUUAGACCAGAUCUGAUUUUAAUAUCAGCUGGUUUUGAUGGACAUUACAGGGACUCUAUGAGCUGCGGAUUCACCCGUUACACUGAGAAGGAUUUUAAUUACGUAACUGAGCUCCUGGUUACGGUGGCAAACACAGUUUGUGAAGGCAGAGUUGUUAGUGUUCUCGAGGGUGGUUAUAACACUAGGCUAGGAACUUUAUCACCAUUUGCUAGAUCAGUAUUGGAACACGUUACAGCUUUAAAUAAUACAGGUAAAAAUAGAAAAUAUCCAUUCAUGUAUGGUGAAAACAGCAUUAACCAUCUGUUGUCACCAGUGGUUAAGACCCUCGAAGACAAUGUUAAACCCCAAAAUUCAGUACCAGAAACUUCUGCUGUGACAAAUUCCGUUUCAAACUCUGACAGCUGGUCUUGGACGAGACAAUUGAAACGAAAUGCUAGCACUGAGUUGCUAUUUAAGGCAUACAAACUUAGAGUCAAAACUGACCUCUUGACCUCUAAACUAUACUCGAGAUGUUCUAAAUUUUGUUACCACAAAAGACUUCUCAAACUUGAUAGGACAAACAUGGCAACAAAAUUUGUCUUUGACUUUUACGGGAACUUAUUUUUCUCAUACUACUCGAAGUUUUUUUACACACUCUUCGGAAUUUCACCAGCUCUCAGAUCCUGCACAAUUUCAGUCGAUAGUUCACUCAACAAUGAAAAUCCUAACCUUAGCAAUAGUGUAGAUACUGAUAAUGGAGUAUUUAAUGGUGUUGAAAUUGAUGAUUCACCAGUGACUCUUACUGGGAUAGAAACUGAAAGAGAUCCUGUUUUAAACUCUUUUGAUGAUUUUGUCUCUUCAUACCUACAAAAACUUGAUUCGAUUAGUAAUAUCCUCCUUGAUUCUACCAAUACAGAUACAGAUAAUACUCUAGGUAUUGAUGAGAGCUCUGUAGACGGUCCACAAGUGGUAAAUCAGAUUGAAGUUGGUGCUAAAGAUUUGAACGAAUUAUUAAUGGAUUUGAAAGGGGCUUACUACUUUAAGGAGUCUGACAACUUAAUGUCCAGGAGCAAAUGGGUUGCGAACGAGAAACUCUCUGCCCUGAACAGGAACUUGGAAGUGGUAGUAAAACUUGACGAUUUUUACUCAAAGUUCUCCUCUCUUUUCGAUAAAGAAUGCCAUAUUCACUAG